UGUAAAGGGCCCGGGGCACAGGACCUCCAUCACUUUAGCGCCGCGGGGUGUCCCGACCCCAAAAGGGACUGGACCGGAGGAGGCGCUCGGGGAGCCGGGCUGGAGAGCUCAGGGAAGCGCCGCCGGACUUCGUUCUCCUCUCCUCUCGUCUCCUCCCCGGCGCGGGCCCCCGCGCUCCGCCGAGGCCGGCCCCGGGGCGCCGAGAGGCGUGGCCCGCCCGUGCAGACCCCGGCGGCGGCGGCCAUGGCCUCGGUGGUGGAGUACAAGGGCCUCAAGGCCGGCUACCACUGCGGCUACUGCGACUCGGAGGGCAAGGCGUCCCGCGGCAUGUGGGCGCACUCCAUGACCGUGCAGGACUACCAGGAUCUCAUAGACCGCGGAUGGCGGAGAAGUGGGAAGUACGUGUACAAGCCUGUCAUGAAUGAAACAUGUUGUCCUCAGUACACGAUCAGGUGCCGACCCUUACAGUUCCAGCCAUCAAAAUCUCACAAGAAAGUUUUGAAAAAAAUGUUGAAAUUUCUGGCUAAAGGGGAGAUUUCCAGAGGAAAUUGUGAGGAUGAGCCUAUGGAGCCCCCAAUGGAGGAUGCCGUUGCCGGUGACGCUGCAUUGAUCAAUAAAUUGGAUAUACAGUGCGACCUUAAAAAGCUCGGCGAUAACCUCAAAGACAGCCUGGAGCGGGAAGAGAAGAAAGGAAAGAGCGCAAAGAAAGAAGAAUCUAGUGGAUUAAUUCAGUCGCAAGACAAAAGGGCAAAGCUGGGCUCGGGGGAACCGGCCCAUUCGGUCGCAGUGCCCGUGGCUCCGAAGCCAGGCAAGGGGGCAGAUUUGAGUAAGCCCCCGUGUCGGAAAGCGAAGGAGAUCCGGAAGGAAAGGAAGAGGCUGAAACUCAUGCAGCAGAACGCAGCCGGGGAGCAUGCGGGCUUGCAGGCUCCACGGGGACCGCCGCCCUCGUUCCCCCCGAAGGCCAAGUCCAACCAGCCCAAAGCGCUCGAAGAUUUGAUCUUUGAGUCUUUACCGGAGGAUGCGUCCCAUAAAUUAGAGGUGAGGCUGGUGAGAUCAUCUCCACCGAGUUCUCAGUUCAAAGCCACAAUGCUGGAGUCGUACCAGGUCUAUAAACGUUACCAGAUGGUUAUUCACAACCAACCACCUGAUAAACCAACUAUCAGCCAGGUGAGGUUAGUCCCUGUCUCCUUUGAGGACCCAGAGUUCAAGUCGUCCUUCAGCCAGUCACUUUCUUUGUAUGUCAAGUAUCAAAUGGCCAUACACCAGGAUUCGCCUGAUGAAUGUGGGAAGACGGAGUUCACAAGGUUCCUUUGCAGCUCACCUUUGGAGGCAGAGAACCCCCCGAACGGACCAGACUGUGGUUAUGGCUCAUUUCACCAGCAGUAUUGGCUUGACGGCAAGAUCAUUGCCGUGGGGGUGAUUGACAUCCUUCCCUACUGUGUGUCCUCCGUGUAUCUGUACUACGACCCCGAUUAUUCGUUUCUCUCCUUGGGGGUCUACUCCGCACUACGAGAAAUUGCUUUCACCAAGCAGCUUCAUGAAAAAACACCUCAACUCAGCUAUUAUUAUAUGGGUUUCUACAUUCACUCGUGUCCCAAGAUGAGAUAUAAGGGUCAUUACAGGCCGUCUGAUCUGCUGUGUCCUGAGACAUACGUGUGGGUGCCCAUCGAGCAGUGCCUGCCCGCGCUGGAGAGCUCCAAGUACUGCCGCUUCAACCAGGACCCCGGGGCAGUGGACGAGGGUCGCAGCACGGAGCCCGACCGCGUGCAGGUGUUCUACCGGAGAGCCGUCCUGCCUUACGGCGUCUACCGGAAGCAGCGCAGAGACGCCGGCGAGGAGGCCGACGUGCUGCAGUACGCGAGCCUGGUGGGGCAGGCGUGCUCCGAGCGGAUGCUGCUGUUCCGGAGCUGAGCCCGCCCCCUGCCCGCCGCACCCCGCCCGCUGCCCGGGGGCCCCGCCUCCUGCCCCCGUGCGUCCCUCGGGGGAAGCCCCGUGUCCACCCACCGAUCGGACUUUCUUAUUUUGACUAUUACAUGGCUUUUCUAAGCUGUUUGUGGCAAUGUAUUUGUGAGAAUCUCAUGGUUAAUAUAUUUAAAAAUGUAUAUGACCUAGCCUCGGAAUUGGGGCUUACCGCUUUGGAAGUUUGUUUUAUGAACAGAGAAUGGUGAACUGCUCUUACUGCUAAUAUCUGGAAAGUCUAUUUGGAAAGUCAAAUAACUUAGAUUACAGUUGUGCUUUUCUGUUCUGUUAGAAGCCAAAACAGACUGUUUCCUCAGAUCCAUUUACAACAUCGGUUUAUGCUUUAAAAAAAAAA